AUGGUCAAGUCUAGCUCCACUCCAUUGGCAAACCCAACGUCAUUCUCCCCCCCCCCCCCGCUUCUCUUUCUCUCCAAUUCAUACAUACAUCGAAGGAAGCCUAAAUAUGGAGGUGAAGAACAGGAAUGUGAGAGAGAAGCCAAGGAGACAGAGCACGAGGAGGAUACAAUACAGACAAUAGUGUUCACAGCAGGUACAGUUCUUCUAAUGGUGUGUCUAAAACGCUUUCAAGUUGAGCAGUGGCGUGCCUGGGUGUUUCUUAUCCUCAAUCUCAUCCUCUUAGCCAUUGUAUUCAUGUCCCUGCGCCCUCGAAGCUCAGCAAAUGAAGGCAUUGUUGAAGCAGUGAAGAAUGACAAGACAAGGAAGAAGAGGACAUGUGAAUUUUCUCAAGAAAUAGAAGAUGGAAAAGAUUGCUACAAAGAACAGUGUUGGACAAGGGAUUUUCAGAAUGAGAGAGAUGAGAAGGAGGAGGAGGAAGAGGCGGUGGUGGAGGAUGAGGUACCACGGCUGUCAAAGGAGGAACUGAAUGAGAGAGUGGAAGCUUUCAUUACCAUGUUUAGGCAGCAUUUAGUCUCCGACGCUAGACAAGCUGAAAAUUACAGGUUCCAGAAGAACUCCAACAUGACACCUAAAGGAUUGAAGUGUCUUGUUGUAGAAGCUUAAUCCCAAAGACAGCUACAAUUUUGUAUUCUUUUCUAACUUUAUGAAAAAAUGCCCUCCCUCACGUUUUA